AUGGUGGAUAUAAGGAACGAGCCACCUCCUACCCCGACGCCGAAGAAGUCGAGGGGGUUGUCGAUGAGCACGGUGAAAAGCUGGCUGAUGAUGUCGGACACGAAGAAGGAGUCGAUGGAACCGCCGAAAUUUCAGAAGAUGCCGGAGAGUUUCCUGAGGAGUUUGAGGAGGAGGUCGUUGAGGGUGAAGAGGAGCAAGAGUUUCGUGUUGCCGGAUAAGAGAAAGAGCGAUUCAUUUGUCAACUCCCAGGAAUGGACCCUGUCUCGAUCAGUUCCCGAUUUAAGAUUGGGAAUAGUCGGUUCACUGAGUUCAGGAAAAUCAGCUUUGGUACACAGGUACCUUACAGGAUCUUACAUGCAGGAAGAAUCUCCGGAAGGUGGUAGAUUUAAGAAAGAGAUAUUGGUGGACAAUCAGAGCUAUUUGCUGCUUAUAAGGGAUGAAGGUGGACCCCCAGAAUUACAGUUUACUGCCUGGGUGGACGCCGUUAUUUUCGUCUUCAGUUUGGAGAACGAGUCGUCUUUCAACGCCAUCUACAACUACUACACGAAAAUGUCGCAUUACAGGAACUCGGUAGAGAUACCAUUCAUCCUGGUCGGAACGCAAGAUGCAAUAAGCGAGAACAACCCACGCGUCAUAGACGAUUCGCGAGCGAGGAAGUUGGCGAACGAUCUGAAGAGGUGUUCCUACUACGAAACCUGCGCCACCUACGGCCUCAACGUCGAACGAGUGUUCCAAGAUGCUUGUCAAAAAAUUGUCCAACAAAGACUGAGCCAAUCCUCCAUCUGCCUCACCCCGACCAAUUCCCGUCCCUCCACCCCAAAUAGCCACUACCACCCCGCCGCCGUGCAGCGCCACCUACACGCCAACAACGGCUUCGUGCAAAUGGAACGUCAAACGUCGCUGCACAUGUCGCCCGGACAUCACACGUUACCUCACAACAAGGAUUUCAAGGACAUGUCUCUGAUCCAGGACAUCCGGCAACAUAUCGUACCGAAGCAGGUGCAUCAGAACAGUCAGUCGGACAAGGAUAGCAAUAGUUACAAGUCGUGCGAGGAGGAGAGAAAGUGGAACUCUUCGUCGUCGACAUUGGCUAGUAUUAAUUCGUCGCAAGGGAUGAUAGCGGUGACGACGGAGAAUAACAACGUUGCCAAGUUUGCUGCGCCUCAUUCCUUGGAUAAUCUUCAGAUUGCGCAGCAGCAACAGCAACAAAACAACUCUAAGGACCUAAAAGACUUACCCACGCCCAAUUCUACGCCAACAACGUCAAGGAAAAACAGAAGAAGAUCGAAUCUCUUCACUCCAUCCAAGAAUGAUAAGCUGAAGAACGGUGGUGAUUUUGGUAGUGGUAGAGCCAUACCAUUGAAACAGGGGUAUCUUUAUAAGAAAUCCAGUAAACCGUUGAAUAAGGAAUGGAAAAAGAAGUACGUGACGCUUUGCGAUGAUGGAAGGUUGACGUAUCAUCCGAGUUUGCACGAUUAUAUGGAUGAUGUUCAUGGAAAGGAGAUUUCACUCCAGUAUGUCACUGUUAAGGUUCCAGGUCAAAAACCUCGAGGAUCUAAAUCUAUUGUAACCGUUUCAUCUCAAGGCUACGGUGGAACCAACAGCGCUCUGCAUGAAAACCUUGGAGGAUUGUCAAUUAUAGGUAAGGAUAAGCGACCGACGGAGAAAGUCCUCCUGAGCGCUUUCGAAACGGUCAAGGAUCCCAGUUUUAAGUAUUCCCAAGCGAGCGGGGACGAAGGGAUGACCCUUUCCAGCAGUAAUUCCUUCCUGAAUGGGGAAAUCAACAAGACGGAAACGCCCAACGUGAAGAAGAGGCAUAGAAGGGUGAAGAGUAGCGGAGUGAAAAACUCGGAAUACGAUGAUGCGGACGGUUACGAAUUCUACAUCGUCUCCCUCGAGGGUAAACAAUGGCAUUUCGACGCUUCCAGUGUGGAGGAAAGGGACGAAUGGGUUGCCGCUAUCGAGCAGCAAAUCCUCAACUCCCUCCAACUGAACGAAUCAUCGAAAGCCAAAAAUCCAAACGAGGCCGCUUCAAUUCAGUCAAUUAAAAACAGGGUACCCGGCAAUGGUUUUUGUGUAGACUGUGAUGCACCAAAUCCGGACUGGGCUAGUUUAAAUUUAGGCGUACUGAUGUGUAUAGAGUGUUCUGGAAUCCACAGGAAUCUCGGUUCACACAUCUCUAGAGUAAGAUCACUGGAUCUGGAUGAAUGGCCUCCCGGGAAUCAAAGUGUGAUGCUCGCAAUCGGCAAUACUCUGGCAAACUCGGUUUGGGAAUGCCAAACGCACAAUCGUACCAAACCUACACCAACAUCUAGUCGUGAAGAAAAGGAAAGAUGGAUACGAUCGAAAUACGAACAGAAAGAAUUCCUCCCCCCACCCAACACCACCAUGCCCCUAGGCCAGCAGCUCAUAGACGCCGUCUGCGCCUCCAACAUAAAGUCCAUCAUCCACGUCCUAGCCCUGGUCAACGCCCAACAAGUCAACACGACGGUGGGACCCCGAGACCUGCGCACGCCGUUGCACCUGGCCUGCGCCAUGGGCAACCUGGCAGUGGCGCAGUUGCUCAUCUGGCAUAACGCGGACGUAAAGGCUGUGGACCAGGAUGGCAGGACGUGUCUGGCCUACGCUAAAGCCGCGGCGAGUAUAGCCAUGGCGAAGUGCUCGGCGGCGAAGAGCGCUAGUCUGGACGGGUCGGCGAUGGCUAGCAAGAAUUUGGUGGAAUUGCUGAUUAGCUAUGGAUGUCCAGAGAUGGCAACAGUUGCAAUAAGUGGUACAAUUCCUCGAAGAAGAGGCAGUCAAACGUUACCGCAAUUCGACAAACUACCUUCUAGCGUUAUUUAGCAAUUGGAGCAAUUUAACUUCGAUCCGUUUUAAGAAAAAUCGUCUACAAGAUAAAAUGGCUCCCCCCGAUAUAAUACAGAGUGUCCAGAAUCUGCAAGUAAUCAAUAUUGUUGAUCUCUUCUAUGAUAAGUGUAAGAAUAAAUCCACGACACUCAUUGUCUCCUGCCAUUUUAUCUAUUUUGGUAACGACGCAUUUAAUAUACCGGGUGUUUUUCGAAAGUGGCUCACUGCUAUAACUUUUUUAUUUUUUCAGACAAAAAACAGAUUUGGUAUUUUAGUUUAUGACAUAAAUCAGGA